AUUUAUUUUAACUAACAACAAUUUUUUAGAUUUAUUUAUUUAUUCAAAAAAGUUAUUCAAGUACUAUUUUUUUAGUUCAAAACAACACUUUUCAUUAGCAAGUUUACAUACUUUUUGCAAAAUGAUUUUGAUGGGAAGUCGCACUCAAAAGAGACUCGCAGCUCUUUUGAUGUAGCUUAUUGAAAACGAAAAUAAAGUUGAGCAUUGUCGUCUUUGUCUCUUUAAGAAUCCAAAUAUAGAUUUAUUUAAAGUUUUUUAGCAAAUUGAUGUCAAGCGUAAAGGAUUUUUUAAGAAUGAAGAAUUGCUUGAUUUUUUAUGCAAAAAUAACAUUUAUGCUACAACCAGAGAAGUUAAAUUUUUAACUGACUAGCUUGACACUGAUAAAGAUUCAAUUGUUACUUAUGAUAACUUUUUACACUUUUUAGCUCCCUAGUAGGAUGAAAAUCUAAGGAAAGAAAUUCUUGUAAGAGAAAAAAUUCAAGCUACUUAGCAAAUUGAUGAAUAAUUUUUUCACAUGAAUGAUAAUACUCCAACUCCAUAAAAAAUGAAAUAAAGUAAUCUUGGAGCAAGUGCAUUUUUGUCAACUGCUAAAUCAAAAUAUCAAUAUAGUGGAACUUAAUAGCUAAACUAAUCAUUCCAUAAAUAAUAAGAUAUAUUAGGAGUAGAUCCAGAAACUGAAUAUUUACUUUCAAAGCUGUUUUAUUAGAUAGUUUAAAAUUUCAAGGCCAUUGAAGCUAAAAAAGAAAUCUUAAAUGGUAGUAAUGAUUUCUAAUUAGAAGUAGCAUUCAAAACAAUUGAUAGUUCAAAUAUUGAUAAGCUAGACUACGAAAGCAUUGAAGAAUUUCUUAAGAAGCAUAAUUAUUAGAUUUAAGAAAAAGACUUGCUUGUACUAAUUAGAACUUAUGGGAGUUUAGCAGAUGGGUUUAUCAACCAAGCUUAAUUUAUGGACAUGGUUUUAUCAUAUGAGUUUAAUUUAAAGAAGAACGCAGUUAAGGCAAGCUUUGCAAAACAAACAAAAAUGGAUUAAAAUAUUAACUAAAUUGUUCAAAAGGCUGAUCCUUUAGUUGAUCCAAGUAAAAGAUAAGUUAACUUUGGACAAAAAGUUGAUUCUUAAGACGAAUAAAACUAGUCUAAUUCUAAUAAAAAUACCACAGGUGCAUAGUCUACAGCUAAGAUUGGAAUAUAAUCUAAUGAAAAUAAGUCUAUGGUAAUGACUUAAACAAAACUAACAAAUGAUGUUUAUUUGAAACAAAACUAAACUGAUAGUAAUUCUAUUACCAUAAAGAAGCCACUCUGUAGAGGAACCCUAAAAACUCCUUAUUCUAAAAGAUUUUUGUCAACUGUUUAAGUUCGCCCAGGAAUGUCUUCUAUUAUGAACAUAAAUACGAUUGAAGCCGAUGCUGAAGAAUACGAUGAAGUAUAUAGAGGAAAAUAUCGUAAUUCAGCAAUGAAAGGUGAUGAAGAAGAAUUCUUUGUAAAGAAACUAUAUGAAAUUGUAUUAAGUGAUAUAAAAUUGGAAGAAUACAAGCAAGAAUUAUCUACACAAAAGGACUUCAACUUGCUUGACUCCUUUUAUUUUAUUGAUUUAUAAGGAAAAGGCUAUAUAACUUAAUAAGACUUGCAUGUAAAUCUUAAACAAAUUGGCUUAAACCCUACUAAAGAUUAGAUAUACUUGUUUUUUAAGCAGUAUGAUUUAGAUUUCUCAAACAGAUUAGAAUUCUCUGAAUUCGUUAAAACAUUUAUACCUAUUGAUUAAGAAUAUAGAAAUAUUCUGAACAACAGGGCUGCAACUGGAAACGGAUUUAGUUCCUAAACUAAGCACUUGCUAAAAGAAACAUUUUAAUAUAUAUUAUAAAAUGCAUAUGAAAUGGAGUUUAUCCGUUAAAAUCUAAACCGCCGUAGGCUUUUUAAUACAUACGAUGCUUUCUGUGCUAUAGACUAAGACAGCAAUGGUUUCAUUACAUUAGAAGACAUAAGAACACUUUUCCUUGAUUAUGAUAUUCACUUUUCUCCUAAAGAAUUGUACUACUUUUUCCGUAGGUUUGAUAAAGGUCUUGACGGAGAAGUUUGCUAUGGUGAGUUUUUCUCAGAAUUAACACCUAAAAGUCCUUACACAUUAACAGAAGAGCUCUAUACACAAACAAGAAAAUCAAUGGUUUCGAUUUCUAAUAUAGAAAAUGCCAAACUUUCACAAUGAAAAUUCUUAAACUAUAUUGAAAAAGAUAAAAUAUGAGCUUAAAAAGAAAAUUAUCUGUUUUAUAUUUUAUGAGAGUAGAAAAUGUAAAAAUAUAAUUAUUAUUGAUAAUAAUUUAAAACUAAUUUUUAAAUUGUAUGUAAAAAAGUAAGUUAGUAAAUAAAUCUUUUUCUGUUUGUAUUCUUUAUAAAAAAGCAGCUAGUUGAUU